UGAGCGGGUGCGGCGCAGCAAGAUGUCAGCCUCUACAAAACAGAGAAGGAAAAACUCGAAAACAGAUAAGGGUGCUCUCGACAUAAACAGAAGCAGUGUAGAGGUGCCCCCUGGUGGUACAAGCCCUCCAGAACAUCAGCCAUGGACUCCGUCAGCUUAUACAGCCUUCAAGAUUGUCCUGUCAGCACGACUGUGUGCGGCAGUGUGGAACAUUGUUGGGGACUGCGAUGAAACCUUCAACUACUGGGAGCCUGUACAUUAUCUUAUCUAUGGGUCAGGGUUUCAGACAUGGGAGUAUUCACCAGUGUAUGCUAUAAGGUCCUAUGCCUACUUGUGGAUCCAUGCGCUUCCUAUAAGAAUCUACAACAGCCUAUUCCAGGCAAACAAGAUUCUCCUGUUUUACCUGCUAAGAUGUAUAUUAGCUUUGUGCUGUGCAGGAUGUGAAAUCUAUUUUUACAGGGGAGUGUGUAAACAUUUUGGAGCCAACACAGGACGAAUCCUGCUCUUCCUUCUAUUACUCAAUACAGGGAUGUUUAUAUCGAGCUCUGCCUUCCUACCCAGCAGUUUUUGCAUGUACAUGACUUUCGUAUCGAUGGGAGGAUGGUUUCUCAGGCAAUACAGUGUGGCAAUCCUGGGAACUGCCGCCAGCGCAAUACUAGGGUGGCCAUUCGCAGGGAUUCUUGGACUUCCCAUUGCCAUAGAUGUACUUCUGAGGCGACGGAAAUUGAAAGAGUUUGUCUUGUGGAGCGUAGUUGGCCUGGCUGUGUUCCUAUUGCCGAUGAUAAGAAUUGACUACCAGCAUUACCUGAAGUUGGUGAUAGCUCCACUUAACAUUGUGAUGUACAACGUGUUCACCAGUCAUGGACCAGAUCUAUACGGGGUUGAACCAUUUUCGUACUACUUCCUGAACGGAUUCCUCAAUUUCAACAUCGUGUUUGUCCUAGCUUUACUUUGUCUACCAAUAACAGUAUUUGUAAAAUGUUUGCUGAAAUUAAAAAAUACAGACAUUCCAGUAUGGCUAGCUAUUUUACCUAUGUAUAUAUGGAUUCUCGUUUUCUUCACUAGACCUCACAAGGAGGAGCGCUUCCUGUUCCCAAUUUAUCCAUUUUUUGUUCUCUGUGGAUCGCUGAGCAUCGACUAUAUACAGAAGUUUUGGUGUUAUUUGUUUACGAGCCAGACUUCCAGGCACUAUACUGAACAUACAAACUGGAUUUCCCAGGUGUCAGCACUGAUAUUUUCUCUUGUGUCUAUAUCGAGGAUAUUCGCUGUCUACCAAGGUUACCACGCCCCACUAGAUCUGUAUGUUGGGCUUAACAAGAUUGCUGCUGAUCCAAAAAUCCAUACGCUCUCCACCGACAAACCAGUCAACAUCUGUGUGGGCAAGGAAUGGUAUCGCUUCCCAAGCAGUUUUUUUCUUCCUGGUGAAAACUGGAAACUGAAGUUCAUUGAGUCUGACUUUAAGGGUCAGUUACCCCAACCUUUCCAGACAGGCCCGGAUGCUACCAGUGUCAUCCCUAGUCACAUGAACGACAUGAACAGGGAGGAGAAAUCUAGAUAUGUUGAUAUCAGUAAAUGCCAUUACCUAAUAGACUUGGACUUGGACCAGGAGUCGCCACUCGAACCAAGAUAUUCACAAAAAAAGGACGAAUGGAAAAUCUUACUAUCUGUAGAAUUCCUCGAUGCUUCCAGAUCUCAUCGUUUCUUCCGAGCUUUUUACAUCCCAUUUAUUUCCAAUAAAUACUGUUCAUAUGUUAACUACAACAUCUUAAAAACAACACGGACGAAGCGAGGUUCGCGUCAGAAAACGGACAUUUCCUGAAGUUCCUCAGGGUCGUGUAUAAUGUGUUUAAAUGUAGAAUGAAUGUUGUCCCCAUGCUGCCAAAAGGUUGAUGGAUUUUACUGAUUAUAUGACAGGACAUAAUGUUUAAAAGUUGUCUGGCAGAUCAUUUUAUUUAUUGUUUGGUACAUUCAUACAUCUGUUCAUGGGUUAUUUGGAUUUUUUUUUCAUUUUUUUUUUUCUUUUUUUUUAUUAAUUUUUUUUUCUUUUUUCAUUAUUUUUUUUGUUCAUUAUUUUUAACUUCUUAAGUAAAAGCUUUAUUAAGAUUUAUUAGUUUGCUGAUGUGUUCAUAUGACAAAUAUGGAGGAUAUUGAAUGGUUUCCCGUCAAAUAUCAUGUACAGUAUGACAGAAUAUCGAAUUAUCCUGUGAUACGAGUGACAGAAUAUCGAUAUAUCCUGUCAUAC